AGACUCCUUGCUCCCUCUGUCCUGAAGGAGCCUGGUCCUCUUCUUCCUGAGCCCAAAGGUCCCCCCAGGCACCUCCUCUGCAGCACUCCCCUCUGUGCUACACAACACCCUGUCUCUCAUCUCUUGUCUCUGGAGCAGAGGAGGCAUGGCAUCACCCUCCCUGCUCUUAUUGCUGCUGCUGCCACUGCCAACAUCUCCACAGGCUGGCAGCUCAGAAGACUGCAGGAAGCCUAACUUUUGGGUCAACCAGCCAGCUCAUCUCUCAGCCCCUGAGGGGGGCUCUAUCAGCAUCCCCUUCUCCAUUGGCUAUCCCUGGAAGUUAGACAAGGACCCCAACGUGAAUAUAGCCUGGAGAUGGAAGGAUUUCCAUGGAGAUUCCAUCUAUGACAAGUGCAAGAACUUCACCCACAAGGCUUUCCAGCACCGGCUCUCCCUGUACUUGCCUAUGGGCUGGGAAAACGGCUUCCUCCAGAUCCAGAACCUUCGGAGGGAGGACACCAGCACCUAUUUCUGCCGGGUGUGGGUGGACACACUGAGAUGCGGACGACAGUCUUGGGGGUCCAUAUCAGGAACCAGACUCACUGUCACCCAUGCCCUCAAGAUCAUCACUAAGGACCCUUCCAUCACCACAAGUGACCUGAGCAUCCCCCAGGAUAGUGGGCCUGGGCCCCUGAGCCUAGAAGCUGUAGUGGGAGUGGCCAUGGUCAGCCUCAAAGCCGCCAUUUUAGGGCUGGCUGUUGGCCUCUGGUGGAAGAGAAGCCAAGAAAGAGGGAGAGAGAAGAGUACCUAAGCACUCCUCUGCCAUAUGCAAUGACAAGUAUUGAACUCAGGACUUCAUGCGUGCCAAGUCCUGACUCUCCUCUGCCAUUCUCCAUGGCCUGCUCCCGGGAUCAGGUCAAUCUCUCCCCAGAUCCUUGUCUGGGCAACAUCCCCACAGAAAGCAUUCCUGGGAGGUUCCAUGGAUGGUGGAGCAGUGCUGUGUGUCUCUCCAUCUCUUUCUCAAUCUCUCUAUCUCAAAGGAAUUAAGUGAUGAAACUGGAUGGGGAGGCACCUCUAUGGCACUGUGUAUGCAUGGUGACCUUAUUCAUUCACCAGUGCUACAUAAAACAAGAAAAGAGAAAGUUUUGGUGGUUAACGAUUGAGGUCUACUGGCUGUUUCAUUUCAGGAAAGAGGUCAAGGGCACAGGGUGAGCCAAAACAGAGCUUCACUGCUGGUAUCACCUCUGGCAAGAUCAUGGCCUCACUCUCCACCUCAGCUUCCUCCUGUGGGGAAUGAAUCCAUAACAGUCGCCCACAUCC